CGUGCGGCCGCGCUGACACAAUGGCGCAGGCGGCGCACGGGCCCCGCAGUCAGUGACAGGAUCCCGGAGGCCGGGGAGCGCGAAGCGAGAGACCGGGGACUGGGGAGCGGGAGGCCGGGGCUCGGCCGGCCGGCCCCGAGGCCCCGCCAUGUCCAAGUCUCUCCGCCGGCGGCGGCACUGGCUGAGCCGGGCUCAGGAGGCGGCCGUGUCCGGGGAGGCGCUGUCGCUGGGCGGCGGGGCCGAGUUCGGGCAGUUCCCGGUCCUGGGCUCCCCUCUCAGCGGCUCCGAGGUCGGCCACAGCCCCGGGGACAUCCUGCUCGAGGUCAACGGGACCCCGGUCAGCGGCCUGACCCGCCGCGACGUCCGGGCCGUCAUCAAACACUUCCCGCAGCCCGUCCGAGUGCGGACAGUGCGGCCAGGCAGAAUAAUAAACAAGGAGCUUCGCCACUACCUCAGUCUGCAGUUCCAGAAGGGAUCAGUGGACCACCAGCUGCAACAGGUGAUCCGGGACAAUCUCUACCUGAGAACAAUCCCAUGCACUACAAGGCCACCCCGGGAAGGUGAAGUGCCAGGGGUUGACUAUAACUUCAUUUCCCUGGAGGAAUUUAAAACACUUGAGGAGAGUGGAGCACUUCUGGAGAGCGGAACUUUUGAUGGUAAUUUCUAUGGAACGCCGAAGCCUCCAGCAGAGCCUGGCCCCUUUCAGCAGGAUGUAGUAGAUCAGGUCGUUCUGGACGAUGGCUCAGAUGAGGCACAAAGGAAGCGAACAACAUCUGUCAGCAUGAUGCAGCGAGCCGACACCAUGGUCCCAGAUGACGAUGAAGACGACGAUAGACCCACUGCCAACGGGACCGGUUACCCAGGGCCAGGGCCUAGCCACACUGAUGGGGUUACAGAAUUCAGGUACUUGGAUCCGGUUACCAGGGAAGACUUGGUUGAGCCGUUGCCAAACAAUUGGGAGAUGGCCUACACUGACAGCGGAAUGAUUUACUUCAUCGAUCACAACACUAAGACAACUACAUGGCUGGACCCGCGCCUCGCCAAGAAAGCGAAACCCCCGGAAGAGUGUGGUGAAGGGGGCGCUGACUCCUUGCUGGGGCAAGGUUCCACGGGCACCGGUUGCCCUCCAGUACCUCGCCCAAGUGGCCAGUCUACAUCUAUGAGCCUAUACGAGCUUCCAUAUGGUUGGGAAAAGAUCAGCGAUCCGGUCUAUGGUUUCUACUACAUCGACCACAUAAACCAGAGGACCCAGUUUGAGAACCCAGUUAUUGAAGCAAAGCGGAAAAAGCAGCUGAUUCUUCAGCGGGACAGUCAGCGAGGGGUGCAUGGAGAUCAGCGACCAGAGAGGCCAAUGUUUACUCGGGACCCCUCCCAUCUUCAGGGGAUGCUCAUCAGGACCACGUUGCAGAAGAGCACUAUGGGGUUUGGAUUCACAAUCAUCGGAGGGGACAGCCCAGAUGAGUUCCUGCAGGUGAAGAAUGUGAUUCAGGAUGGACCUGCAGCUCAGGAUGGGAACAUGUUGGCAGGUGAUGUAAUAGUGUAUGUGAACAGCACCUGCGUCCUUGGACAGACUCAUGCUGAUGUUGUGCAGCUUUUCCAGUCUGUUCCCAUCAACCAGACAGUGAAGCUGAUCCUGUGUCGUGGUUACCCACUUCCCACCGAUGCCCAGGUGCCAGCUAUUGACGUAGUGACUGCCACUCCCAUUCUGGAUGGAUUGCCUGUAGCGGGGAAGCAAGCUGCCACUGGCCAGAGCCUGCAGACUGCUCCAGGGCCCCCUGAACACAAUGGAAAUGAGGUCCCUAGCAGUGGCGGUGCCGAGCGUUUAAACGGACCUUACUUGGGUUUGACCGAGGACCGAUCCUCAAUGACCUCGUCAGCUGGUUCGCAGCCAGAGGUGCUCACCAUCCCCCUGCUGAAGGGGCCGAAGGGUUUUGGCUUUGCCAUAGCGGACUGUCCAGCCGGACAGAAGGUGAAGAUGAUCCUGGACAGUCAGUGGUGCAGAGGCCUACAGAAAGGUGAUGUUAUCAAGGAGAUAAAUCAGCAGAGUAUGCAGCAACUGAGCCAUACCCAGGUGGUGGAGAUCCUAAAGGAUUGGCCUGUGGGGAGUGAAAUAACACUGCUGGUGCAGAGAGGAGGUCCUCCUUCACCUGCUAAAGUUAUAAAAACUACUUUAGAACAAGAGGACAGUCAAGCAAGUUCUCAGAAUCUCUCCCCCGGCGUCCCCAUCCCUCAGCCUAUGCCCUUCCCUCCCAAUGCUGUGAGGCCCUCCUCCCCCAAACGUGACCCAACAGAGGUGUAUGUACAAUCCAAGACUAUGUUCGACAGCAAACCCCCGAAUACAAAGGACAUUGACAUCUUUCUGCGUAAGCUGGAGAGUGGGUUUGGAUUCAGAGUGCUGGGUGGAGAUGGGCCGGACACACCUGUUCUCAUUGGGGCGAUAAUUCCAUUGGGCGCUGCUGAACGAGAUGGCCGGCUUCGAGUGGCUGAUGAGCUGCUUUGUGUUGAUGGGGUCUCGGUCAAGGGGAGGUCUCAUCGCUUUGUGUUGGAUUUGAUGCAAAAUGCAACUCGAAAUGGCCAGGUGCUGCUGUCAGUGAGGAGGAAAGUCCUGCCCACUGAGGACCAGCGUGACACUGGCCGAGAGGAGAGUUCUGAAGCUGCAGAGAAUGGUUCCUCGGGGCCAAAUCACAUGGAUCUCACGAACAAACCUCUGCAGGCUCUCAACCCAGCCGAGUCUGCCCCGUCGUACGACAUUGUCCUGCAGCGGAAGGAGACUGAGGGAUUCGGCUUUGUCAUCAUCACCUCGAAGAACAGGCCCCCCACUGUGGCGGUGCCACACAAAAUUGGCCGCAUCAUUGAGGGGAGCCCAGCCGAUCGCUGUGGGAAGCUGAAGGUGACAGACCGUAUCUCAGCAGUGAAUGGCCAGUCCAUUGUCCAAAUGCCCCACCAUGACAUUGUCCAGCUGAUCAAGGAUGCGGGUCAGACGGUCACUCUCACAGUCACUCCUGAGGAAGAUGUGACUGGCCCCGCGUCAGGAGACAGCUCAGCCAGACAGAGUCCAGCCCUGCAGCACAAGCCCAUAGGACGGACCCCAGCAUUGCAAGUUCCGUCAGCUGACAAUAAGACGGACGGAGAUGAAAGGAGCAGUGGGCAGUCUCCAGCCUCUGAUUAUGUGAAACCAUCUUCUUUGGACCACAGACAGCCUCCAUCCGAUCAGUACCUUCAGCCAGCUCCUGAAAGAGAGACAUGGGCUGCAGGCAGCAGACACUCCCAGAAUCCUGAUUGCUUCUCUGUGGAACUGGAGAGGGGUCCCCGAGGGUUUGGGUUCAGUGUUCGUGGAGGCAAGGAGUACAGCAUGGGCCUCUUCAUCCUACGCCUGGCAGAAGGGGGCGCUGCACUACUCGAUGGCAGAAUCCAUGUUGGUGACCAGAUUGUUGAAAUUAAUGGAGAGUCUACUCAAGGGAUCACGCAUAAACGAGCUAUCGAAUUGAUUCAGGCUGGAGGGAGGAGAGCGCACCUUGUUUUGAAGCCAGGCAUAGGUCAGGUGCCUGACUUUGACAAUGCGGAUACCCAGAACACUCCAUAUUCUAGCCUCCAGGAACUAAACACAGCUGCUGAAAAUCAGCCAUCACCAUCCUUUUCACAUCCCAUUCCCACCCCCCAUCUCACUGACCCUGAAGAGACUUUUGAAAAUGAGAAGUCAUGGAGAGAACAGGAGUCACCCGCCAGUGCCCAGCAGAGGCCAGAGUUGCCCGCCAGUGCCCAGCAGGGACCGGAAUGGCCCGCCAGUGCCCAUCAGGGGCCAGAGUGGCCCGCCAGUGCCCAGCACUGGGCAGAUGCCGGAACUGCAAGCUUAGCCAGCAGUCAGAAAGCUGAGGAAGGUGAGACUGAAAUUGUGAAGGGCAGAAUGACAAAACAAGGUGGAGAGUGCGUGCGCAGCCCAAGGAGAGAGCAGUCGGCCGGGAAUAAGCUGUCGGCCUGUGAAAGCAGAGCACUGAGCCCACACCAAGGUGAUAGAAAGCAAGCUGCUGGACACCGGGAGCGGUCAGCUAGCCCAAGGAAGGCCGAGAAGAAAAGGAAAGAGAAGCUGGAAAGGUCAAGAAGCCCAAGGAGGGGAGAGUCCAAAAAACAAUCAGAUAGCAACAAGGACAGCUCUCAGGGGGUCGAUGCAAAGGAAAGGCCAACAGGAGGCCUGGGCAGGUCACGCAGUCCGAAGAAAAUCAGCAGGAAGGAUAGAGAAGGAAGUAGAGAGGAGUUGGAGAGAGUGGCUUGGGGAGAGGCGGCUGAGAACAUUGACCUUGGGUCUAAGCCAUUUAAAGCGACUCAUUCGAAAGGAAUAGCUGAGCAAAUCGGGAGCCCAAAGCACAGCCACUGUGACAGGAGAAAUGCUCGAUCCCCCUCUGGUCCGGCCAACAACAUGGAGCAUUUGGCCUGUACCUUGCUCCAGGGUGGUGAGGCACCUGGCAAAACCGGUGACAGGUCCCAAAGAAAGAAACAAAUGUCACGUGUGGCAGGGCAGGAGUCAUUCAGCCCUCCAGAGAUGGGCCAAGGAACAGGCAGAACCAUGCAAGACAGCUCCCACUCUCCAGCAAUCGAGCAACCCUGUACUGUCAGCAAGAAUGUCGAUCGACCACAGAGCCAGGAACAAAGGAAAGCAGAACACAAUGGGGAGAGACACAAUGAGGGAGACACCUCAACACAACACUCCAACCCGGGAGCCAGAGCUGCAUCUGUUCCGAGGAAAACACACAUAACCCCCGGCCCCUGGAAGAAACCAGAUGCUCAGAGACCCAUGUAACCGAAACUUGAGUUAUAUAUGUUAAAUUAUUUUUAUAAACUUUUGGUUUCUGUUAAGCGUCAGUUGCAUCUUAUUUAAAGUUGUGUAGUUCAGUCGAGGUUUUCUGCAUUAAAACGUUUUGGUCUAAGUGAAGGAUAGCUCCGAUUACUCCGCUGUUGGACAGACUUAUCUGCCUCACGAAGGAAACUUGAGGCUGUGCGACUCUCCUGCUUUACGAAUAGGCAUUGUUGAUUGUAGGCGUGUAUGAGAUUUACACUUUGUACAAAAGCAAUCUGUUCCUCACACUCCAGCACUGUCCUAUCCCAUCAUAGCAGUGGUUUCACAGUCCAGAUUCCCUCCAGUCGCCAGCCGGAACAUCGAAACCACAGAAUAGUAGAGCAUGUUAUUUAAUGUGUGUGAGCUGCAAAAUUUACCAUCACCAAGUCUUUGCCUUUGAGUAACCCACCUCAAACAGGGUUUGAGGCUGUUGAGCAGUGAGUAUUGCACUGUUUCUGUGCAGAUCUGAAAUCAACACAGUUUAAUGAACUAAACACCUCAUAGGCCAAUGAGGGCAGCUAUUUUUUUUUUGUUCUUUGGGCCUUUAGCUUUAAUUGUCUGUAAACCCUCUAGUAUUCAAAAGCCUGUCUCACAUCUGCCCUAAAUCAGCUCAGUGUCACACUGUGGGUGUGUUGUUCUUUGAUGUUUUCUAAUAUUGUACACCAGAAAUCUUUUGCUGUCGGUUGGUGCAGUGUUCUGACUGCAAGAGAUUUAUAAUUCCUCUCUUCUCUGCAAGUUUUGUAUCGUCACCGGGCUUCUCUUCAAGUUGUGAUUAUAAAUUGCUAUUCAUAGUGUUCUGUAAACCUGUGUUUUGUGUGUGUGUCACUGCUCAUCAGACUGACUAAUCAGUGUAGAAUGUUGAUUUAGGUUUUGUGAUUCCAAUGCAGUUUGUAAACAUCUUCAGUAUUUCAGUGACAUUGUUUUUAAAAAUAAUUUUUAAAAAAUUUACCUCUCCUGUGCCAUUGUAUGGUGGAGAUUGACUCUGUUUUCAGUUCACCUCAUUUUUGCUCCACUAAGAUCAGUGCUGUGCGAAACAUUUAAUCUCUGAUAGAAUAUUCUGGAAAUGAGCAGGGCAGAUGGUGGAAUGGGUGAAUUGUUGGUCAUUUUCCUCCCCCCCCCACCCCCCCCACCUGGAGACUUUGUGAAGCAAGGUGCAUUCUCCAAUCUCAAACUGACAUGUUGAACUUUUUUAUAUUUUUACUGUGUCACUUGGACUGACCUUCAGGAAAAUGCAUUGCCUACAACUGUUCCUGUAACCCAUUACACACUAUACUGUAAACCCUUUCUGCUAAGAGCCUGUAGAAGAUAGACUGGAGACCCUGGACUGUGAGUGUGGUGCAGGCAGUGUCUUGUGACCACUUUACUGCUGUAUUUCAUAUCCUCUUAAUGCCAAAAGUUGAAGGUGGUUUGAAAUUCCUAGUGGUUCAGACACUGAUCAGCUCCAGUUUUCACCCUACACUGUUGUUGAUGUCUGAUUUUGUUAUUUCCUUGUUGAUAGACUGACACAUUGUUCCACCCCAUCAGUAGCAUCCACAGCAUCUUGUAGACUGUACAGUACUCAUGGCAUGGGCGCAGCCUGAGUAAAGCUGAACAAGCCUUGAGUGUGUUGGUUGUAAAUUUUUAUACUGUACAGUCUCUAUAAAUAAUCAUUAGGGCAAGAUCUGUAAACCCUCAUAUUUUUUUAUGUAUGACAUAAGAAAUGCAAAUCCUUUGUCAUGGUGUUGCACUGUAAAAUAAACCUUAACUUUCAAUCUCAA